CCUCUUACACCUUCAGACCAAAGAAAGGCAAUAGCACCGGCACAGCUACUGCGGAUUCGAUUUCUCUUCGAUUCCAAAGAUCAUUUCACCCCUGAUUCCUAGCUCUGCAACUGCGAGCAGUCCGUGCUCUCGGCAAUGGCAGCCUCCAAGUCAAAGUUAUUACUCUCUCAUUUCCGUUCCGCCCGUUCCCUAUCCUCCCUCUCUACUCUCCCUCUCGCUCGAGUCUCCCACCUCCUCCACAACUCCAAUCCUCCGACGCACCACCUCCUCCCGCAAUACUACCCGUUCGCCGCCGCCGGAUUCUCUCUCUCCCGAUCAAUCGUCACUUCGCCUGACCAUAUUCAACAUACUUCUAUUGAAGAUUCCAUUCUUCCAGUUCGUGUCCUUGCUUCGUUGCUUGAUGGAUGCCAUGAUCUCACAGGCUUGCCUUGGUGGCUAACUAUUGUGACUUCAACUUUGGCUAUGAGAUUUGCAUUGUUGCCUGUAGCUGUUAUGCAGCUUCAGAAGUUAAAAAUGAUGGGAGAGUUGUCUCGUAAAUUGCCACCUCCAUUCCCACCACUUUUCUCGGGAAAAAGUUAUAUCAACCAUAUUUUGCAUUAUCGGAAGGAAAGAAAAGCAAUUGGAUGCCCAUCACUGUUGUGGAUUUUGGCACCAUACUUUAUCCAGGUGCCAUGCUUUUUCUUGUGUUUGACCAGCAUCCGGAGAAUGUCAUUGGAUAACCACCCUGGGUUUGAUUGUGGUGGCACUUUAUGGUUCCAGGAUUUAACUGAAACACCUUAUAGUCUGUUAAACCCUAUCUUUCCAAUCCUGAUUGCAGUCUUGCACAAUGUUAAUAUCCAGACUGGGAGAUCGAAAUUUGAAAGAGGAUGCGUUGGUGAUUAAACUAAUUGGUAAUUGCUUUAUGUUACACCAGCAGUAUUGGCAGUACUUGAAGGACUAGACUUGUUUGCAAUUUUUUCUCUUAAUUAAAUUAAUUUUUCAACAAGGCACCGUAGCAAUACUGUUUUAAAGUUCUGUCAUUGCUAUAAGAAUAGUUUCUGCUCAGUGGUUUAAUGUUGUUUAUAAUUAUAUCUUUAAGCAUUGACUAGAGGAAUUUGCUCCUGGAUUAUUGUUUUUUGCUUCAAAACUAUACUUGUUCUGUCAUUUUACACAACUCCACACACACUCUGUCAUCUUAUAUUGGACAUUCCUUACUUUUGACUGUUGAAACUUGAUGGCUAUGAUAUUUUAAAUUUCUGGACAAAAAGAUUAUGCACGUGCUAGAUGAUUAUGCUUUUUUAAGGAUGUUAGUGCAUUCAUGUAUGCCCAUCUACAUCUUAAAAACUUGAUCUCUCAUCAUGUUAGUUGUAGCAUAACUGGAUUAGUUAUAAUGAGGACAUACCCCUGGACUGUUUGCUAAUUUAAUUUGAUUUUUUAUCAGAUUUCCUUUGCAACUUCACUUCAGAAAGCGGACAGCAUAUUUGAACUAUUGCUGAAAGGUUACAAACGCGUUUUGGACUUUAUGUCUUUUUUCCUUUUGUUCAUUGGCUUCUUUAUGCCCCAGGGAAGUUUGGUCUACUGGGUUACAAAUAGUUCAUUUAGUCUCAUUCAGCAAUUAUUCUUCAAGCAUCCUGCUGUUAUUGCAAGGUUUGGUUUACCAAAUAGGAGAGCUCAUAGAAGAGGUGAAAAUUCUAAGGAAAUGCAUAUAUCUGAAAAUUUGCCUGCUGAACUAUCAUCAAAGGAACGCAUAAUUACCAUGGAAGACCUAUCUCCUGAAGAACUACUGAAACUCUCAGUCAUACGCCUAGGAAGGGA